ACUUAUAAAACUUCUCACACCCUGGAGGAUUUGAACCGUGAGUUUGUGAGAUUUGCCGACGCUCAAUGGAAAAAUCAGGGGCAAACUUUAUAUUCUGAUUUUAUCACUUCAGCCAGAGGAUUUUUUGAAAUUGUUUUUUCACACUGUAGGAGUUUGUUCAAUGACAAAAAAUUAGUACAAUACUUAAAAGAGAGUUCUUUUGAUGCUGUGUUUCUGGAUCCUUUUGAUCUGUGUGGCUUAAUCGUUGCCAAGUACUUUUCCCUCCCCUCUGUGGUCUUCACCAGGGGAAUGUUUUGCGGUCAUCUUGAGGAAGGUGCGCAGUGCCCGGCUCCUCUUUCUUAUGUUCCCAGAAUUCUCUUAGGGUUCUCCGAUGCCAUGACUUUCAAGGAUAGAGUAUGGAACCAAAUCUUCCACUUGGGGGAGCAUUUAGGUUGUUCCUAUUUUUUUAAAACUGGGUUAGAAAUUGCCUCUGAAAUUCUCCAGACACCUGUCACAGCGUAUGACCUGUACAGCCACACAUCAAUCUGGCUGUUGCGAACAGACUUUGUUUUGGACUAUCCCAGGCCCGUGAUGCCCAACAUGAUCUUCAUCGGCGGCAUCAACUGCAACCAGGGAAAGCCACUUCCUGAGGUGAGUUGUGUCUGUUUUAGCUCAUGA